CAAACAGCGGGGCACACGCUGGACUAAUCUUGGCUACAACAGGAAAAUGGUUCCAGUUAAACUUCUUAUUCUGGGAGCUCAGAACACUGGGAAAACAGCGCUGUGUGUUCGUUUCAUAACCAAGCGAUUUAUUGGUGAAUACGACCAUAAAAAGGAGGUGAACUACAAAUGCAGCCGGGUGGUGGAUCAGGAAGCUGUCGAUCUGGAGAUUCUGGACUUAACUUGGAAGGAGACCUCUGUAGCUUCUCUGGAGUCUUCCAUUCGCUGGGCUGAUGGUUUUCUGCUGCUGUACUCCAUCACACAGCGCUUCAGCUUCCUGGAGGUCCCACAACUCAAGACGCUCAUUGACCAAACCAAGCAGAAUCUGGUGGUUCCCGCGGUGCUGGUAGCCAAUAAGGCAGAUUUGGAAAUCGGCAGGCAGGUGACAACAGACGAAGGACAGAGACUAGCCAAGGAUUUAAGGUGUGGUUUCAGAGAGUUGUCUGUGGCUGAAGCAGUCCUAGCAGUGGAAGCAGCAGUGCUUCAGCUCGUCAGGUUGGUGUUGGAUCAGCAGCGCCCUCUGCCUGACCGUCGCUCCUACAUGUUGACUGUUCGUCACGCUCUGACCAGGAAACUGACCAGAUCUAAGACCAUGCAGUGGUGACAACAGCAAACAAACCCCCAUGGGAAAAAAACUGUAGUGUAUAAUGUUUUUUUUGUUGUUGUUGUUGUUGUUGUUGUUUGUUUGUUUUUUUUACUUUAGUUCUUUUAGUAUCAGAUAUCUCCCGUAUCUCACAUCCAGAUUGAGAGUUAUCGUGCAACGUCUGGGUUUCUGGAUUUAUGGGUGAUGAGACCAGGAUAUAAAAAAUAUAAACUCACCAGACACUUUUUAUUAGUUAUGCCUUGAUACUACUGGGUUGGAGUCUUUUUUGCCUAAAUUCUUCAUAGCAUACAUUCAAAAAGCUACUGGAAACAUUCUUCACUGACUCUUUUGGUCCAUAUUAACAUGACAGCAUCACAGUUGCUGCAAAUUUGUCAACUCUGUGAAUCUCCUGCUCCACCACAUCACAAAUGUGCUCUGUUGGAUUGAGAUCUGAUGACUGUGGAGGCCAUUUGAGUACAGUGAACUCAAUGCCAUGUUAAAGAAACCAGUUUGAGAUGAUCUGAGCUCUGUCACACAUCAUGUGUUAUGCUGCUAUCAGAAAAUGAGUUCAGUGUGGUCAUAAAGGCACGGAAAUGGUUAGCAGCAACUAAGAUCUGCUGUGGUAUUUAAAUAAUACAUAAAAGGAAUAUCGUUCACCCCAUUAAACUACCACUGAAUUAUCGGUACAAGGCAGAAUGUACAUGUACCUUUCCUACAUUCAUGUUAAUUGGGCCAAAUCAAUAUUCAUCAGACCAGGUAACAUUUGUCCAGUUUUUUUGAGCCUGUGCAAAUUGUAGCCUCAGUUUUGCUGCUGUAGCCCAUCUGCUGUAAGGUUCAAUGCAUUGUAAAUUCAGAGUUGUAAAAAAUGGUUAUUGAGUUGCCUUCCUGUCAACUCAAAUCAGUAAAAUCACGUUUCUUUCCCAUUUUGAUCAUGAGAUCAAAAUGCCCAUGUCUAGGCAUGUACACAAUCACAUGAGUUGCUGCAAUACACUUGAGUGGUGUCUGAACUGACUGCUAGAAAGCCUACGACUCAGUGCCCCACAUAUGGAUACUUGUAAAGGCUAAUAGUACACUAAUAACAUUUAUUCAGAACUUAAUGGGACUGUGGAAGACAACACCAGAGACCAGCUCCAAUGUCCCUACUGCUGUUCUGCAUAGGCCUCAACCACGUAAGCCAGCUCAUUACUGAGGGUGGAUCCAGUUAUAGAUUCAGGAGUGGAGUGACCGUCAGCUACCACCUGCACAUGGAUGACAUCAAGUUGCAUCCCAGGAGUGACCGAAACAUUAACUCGCUGAUCUAUCUAACGAGGAUCUACAACAAGAACAUCAGGAUUUGAUUUGGACUGGAUAAAUGUGGUCGAAGGGUUGCAAAGAGAGGAGAGGUGAUCCAGACUGAAUGGGUGGAGCUACCAGAAGGGAGGAUAGCAGAUAUACAGGACAUUUACAAGUACAUGGGUAUCCCAAAGGCCAAUGGAAGCAAUGAUAAAGAUGCACAAAGGUUAGCCACAGCCAAAUACCUCCAAAAGGUAAGACAGGCCCUGAGAAGUCAGCAGAAUCCAAGCCAUCAAUAUAUACAUCCUACCAGUCAUCAGAUACUCAGUUGGAAUCUGGCCACGGGAGGAGAUGGAUGCCACUUAUCUGAAGACACAAAAGCAUCUCACAACACAGAGAGGUCUCCACCUAAAGUCCAGCCUGAGGCAUUACAGAAAGAGGGAAGGAGAGGAUUAGUAAGUGUCAGUAUCCAUGAAUACAUCAGAAACACCCCCCUGAGAUGAGCUACUCCAAGAAAGCCUAAGGCAGCUGAAGACAGAUGGCGAUGAAGUAAAGGAGGAGGAAUUGUCAUAGAUGACCAAGCCCUGCAUGGGAUGUACCAUUGACAGAUAAAGGAAGUAGGUACCAGUGGCUUAAAGGACAGCAGAGAGGCUCUGAUCAUGGCAGCACAAGAACAGGCCUCAGAAGCCAGUUUCAUAGAGUCAAAAAUCUACCAGAUCUGGCAGGACCCAAGCUGCAGACUGUGCAAAGGUGCCAUGAAGACUAUCCAACAUAAAGUAGCAGAAUAAAAGAACCAUGAACACUGAGAGGGACAACCAAGUGGCUGGGAUAGUGUACAGGAACAUGUCUGCCCCAUAUGGACCAGAAGUCCCCAAGUCCUGAUGCGAGACACCCCCAAAGGUAGUUGAGAACAACAGGGCUAAGGUCCUGUGGGACUUCCAGUUAAAAAAAAGACAAACGGCUACUGGCCAACCAACCAGACACAGUGAUGGUUGACAAGGAACAGAAGACCACAAAUGUGAUAGAUGUGGCAAUCUAUCAGCAACAUCAGGAAGAAGGAGCAUGAGAUAAUAGAGAAGUACCAACUGGAGCAGAUGUGGAAGGUAAAGUCCAAAGUGGUCCCAGUGGUUAUAGGCAUUAGGAGUGGCUCUAGAUAAUCAGAUUGAACUUUAGAUACCACGCCCUAGAAAUGAUGUAAGAUGACUGAAGGCACUAAUACAAUAUGUUAACGUUAUUAGUCUGGUAUGUAUGUUUAUUAGCUGCAAACACAAGCAUUUGCAUUUAUUUUCUAUUCACAAAAAAAAAUGUUGGGUUUUUUAAAAUAUGUUUCAUCCACCAGCAGGGGGCAGUACAGUCAUUUGGUUUGGUGCAGACAUCAUAGUCUUGCAAAUGUGCAGUUUGGACAUUACAUAUUUAACUACCCACUUUGGUGUGGAAGGAGUUGAGUGACCUCCACAAAGACCUGACCUCAAUCCCUUUACGGGGUUUUUUUGUCAGUAAAUUGUAAAAUCUUGUGGAAAAAACUUCUCUGAAAAGAGAAAGACUAGUAUAGCAGAAGAUAUGCCAAUAUCUUUGCCACAGGACGAUUGAAAAUCACAUAUUUAUUUUUACAAGGUCAUUUUUGUGCUUUAAUGUUUCCAUUUAUAAUUUACUCAUCAACACUGGAAUCCUUCCAGUCAGCAGAGCUCAUCGGUGUGUGAGAAACACUUCGACUUGGCUUUGUUGUUGGAGUGUGUGGAUGAUGUAACAGUGUGCGAAGAAUGAGGGUGGCUUUCAUUACAGUCUUGGCAUUACUCGACCAUGUCUCCGUGCUUUUUCCUAUGCAUCUCCCCUUUUGUCUGAACUUCUGAACUUUAUGAUCAGCGAGAGACAUCUAAAAAGGCAGACGGUGCAAAGCAAGACUGUGAGAGACAGAAAAUAAGU